CAAAAAAAAUCCUCAACAAGCAUGCAAUAUGAACGUUAAAAUGGCUCAUAGUAGAAUCCACACUAUCAUAGCGUCGGCCACACUAAUAGAGAGGAUUUCGUAUCAUAACGGCGAUCCCCAUACAACUGCCCCAACGAAACAGACGCCAUGAAACUGUAACUCUUCUGCAUGCCAUCGAAAGCCCUAAUUUUCUCCACGUGAAGAUUACGAAGCCCAUUCGCAAGAGCAGGUUGUCGCAAUGCGCCAUUUUGCGAGCUGGGGCCUCAGGUGAAAAGCCUCUCUGAUUACGUUUCAGCGUUUUUAGACCGAACGAAGGUCUGAAUUGGUGAUUGAUCAAUGGUUGAGUCACGUUGAAACUCGGUCGAUUCGUGAUACACGUCGAGGUGGGUGGUGUUGUGCCUGGCUAUGUGUCGAUCGAUUUCGUUUGCCAGCGGGUUUCUGGAGCGGAAUCGGGCAGCUACGAUGUGCAGAUGAGUGAUAACCGAAAUAGUUGAUGUCAUGGAUUAAGUAACUGUGUGUGAAGUUUUCUUGGCUGAGGUUCGAAUUGCGACGACGCGGUAAAAUUUCAGAAUGGAGCAAGAUCUUACCCCAGGGUUUGCACAGAAGCAUCGUAUGGGAAUGAACCCAGACAAUCUGAGACGACGAGAUUCUAAGAGUCGAGAAUUAUUGGGUCCGUUUUUUGGGCAAGUAGCUGUCGCCUCGGCGCGGAAUGUUCUCAUCACUGGGGUAGAGAAUUUGCAGAAUGUGGACAAGAUGCUGGCGGAUAGAGUGGCGCAGUUCAGAGAGCGGAGGAAGCAUUUGGAGUUGCUGCGAAACGAGAACGAGCGUCAAACCGUUUUGCAGCUUCUUGACCAACAGGCUCAAGAAGCGUCGAGCGCGAAUUUCUCGCUGCAGUCGGAAGAUCUUACUGUGGAUGCCAAUUACGCGAACCAGAGUGAGGAGCUCCAACAUCUGAAGGAUGAAUGAGAGAAGAAAUUAUCUUUGAACUUCACUCACGGUUCCCCGUCAACUUCAGUAACUUCCGCCGUUCUCGUCCAGAAACAGUUCUCAUUCUCCAGGAGAACCUUGGACAUUGAACA